AUUUUUACUUUUUAGACGCUUUUAAUUAAUUAUAAAAGAAAAACGCAAAUUCAUGAUAAGAAGCUCUUUAAGCUCCUUUGCUUCUUAAAACAUUUAUUGUUUCGCGACCCAAAUGGCGCAAGAUUCCGAGAAGAAGUUCCAUUCAAUCAUGGAUAAGCUUUUCCAUACUCCUAAAUCACCUUCCAGUUCAUCUGGCAUGCAACUUUUGAGUGGUAAGAAGCGUCCUUACUCAACUUCAUUGGGGACAAUGGAGCUGAAUCUGAGAGGGGAUGCUGCUGAGGUACCACUUUCGUUGUCAGCCACAGUGGGAGCAACUGAAGGAGCGCUUUGUCGUCCAUGGGAUCGUGGUGACUUUAUGAGAAGAUUGGCCACAUUCAAAUCUAUAUCAUGGUUUGCUAAACCCAAGGUUGUAAGUGCUGUAAAUUGUGCUCGAAGGGGUUGGAUAAAUGUGGAUAUUGACACUAUAGCCUGUGAAGCAUGUGGAGCACGUCUGCUUUUCUCAACACCAGCAUCUUGGAACCAGCAGCAGGUGGAGAAAGCCGCCCGGGUAUUUAGCUUAAAGUUAGAUAAUGGACAUAAGUUACUUUGCCCAUGGAUCGACAAUGCCUGCAGUGAAACACUGGCACGGUUUCCUCCUACAGCUCCUCCAGUGUUAGUUGACAAUUUCAGAGAACGCUGUUCUUCUCUUUUGCAACUCUCAGCUCUUCCACAUGUUUCAUCUUCAGUUAUAGAGCACAUGCACAGUCCACUAUUGGAAGACUUUCUUGGACAAUCAUUGUUUCUUGAUUUUGGAAAUGGAUCUGCCAGAAAUUCUGACAUAGAAAUUAUUAGUAGUCAAGAGGAACUCAAAUUGUAUUACCAGUCUCAAAAGCUUAUAAGUUUAUGUGGUUGGAAUCUUCGCCCUCUACCUUACAUAGUUGAUUGCAAGGAUACAAAGGAGCAAUCUGUUAGAAGUACAACUAUUCUGGACCGUUCUCAAGUAGUUGCUGAUAACAACAAUUUUGAAACGAAUGAAAACCUCAAGGAUUCUAAUGGAGAACAACUAGAUCCCAAUUCUGCAGUUCUAGAAUGUACCCUGUGUGGAGCUACUGUUGGAUUGUGGGCAUUCAGCACAAUUCCUCGGCCUGUUGAAUCACUCAGAAUAGUGGGGUAUGCAGAAGUAAAUUGCAAAAACGAUUCUGUGAUCCAAGACAGACAGGGUCAGGGUGUAAAUAAGGUGUCUGACAUUGCAACUUCGUCAAAGGAUAUGUCUUCUAGUCUCAAUAUGACGAUUGCAGGGGGUCCUCCGCCAACAAAGCAAAAUUUUAAAGCCAUAAUAUCUCUGCCUGUUAUUGGUCAGAAUUUAAGGGCUCGUCUUUCUUAUGACUCGGAUUUUAGAGAUCAUGUCUUUGUUGAUGGAGAUGGUAUGCAGUCAGAUUCACGGAAGAAGAUCAGGAUUCAGGAGAAUCCUGAUGAUAACAUAGUUGAUGCUUCUAAUAAACAAAUUGUUCCCAUGUCAUCUGAAAUUAGGGAAAGUUCACAUGAUCAAACUGGUUCUAAAGCUAGUGCUCGUGACCCUGUAGUGGAUAAUGUUACAGAGAGCACCCAUCAUGAGGGUGAUGGAUUGAACAGUUCGGCUGCAGGUGACCCUAGUAGCUUGCAGAAGAAUUCGGAUGGAGUAGUAAAUCGUCUUUCAAACUAUGGGGCCAAAGACAACGUAGAAAAUUUUGUCAACAGGGAGGAUCAACAUUGUAGUUUAGAAAGAGACAUGAAAUCAACCACGGCUGAUAAAACAAUGGAAUUUAAUCCAAUCAGGCAUCACAGAUACUUCUGCCCCUGGAUUGCAUCCAUAGAUGACAUGGAGCCAGGGUGGAAACAAACAUUAUCUGCUUUGUUUCAUCAGCAAAAUCAUUUUCCACAUUCACCAAAUAAAUCUCCAACAUCUAUGCUCAUUGUUAAGGUGGAUGACCCUGUAAGUUCGGUUAAGAAGCUUUUCUUGUCUCCAUCUACUAGAAGAAAGCUUGCUCACAUUGCAAGCCAAAAUACAGAGCAUAGGUAGUCUGGGCUUGGGUAAAAGAGGGUGUUCCGAUUCUGACAUACUUCCUCUUUUCCUCACCGUAGUUUCUUUGUGUAAUUACAUGCCAAAUUGCCAAUAGCAUGUUAUUUCAUUUUAAACCUUGUGUAAUGGUUGUAACAAAAGUUCAAUAUUGUUUUAGAGAUAA